GACUUUCCUCCUCCCCCUACAAUUGUCCUCGAGGGCUUCGUGCUGGCACGGAUGAUCCACCCCGUCCGGUUGACUGCUGUUCUCGACUUGUGGUCGCUCCCCAGACGGCAUUGUUCGAGUUCGGGAUGAGGGCGGCGCUCCUCCGCAUUCCGCUGCGGGCUUCCAAUUUUGAUCCUGCGGCGGUCAUACGAUCGGCUGCGAAGCCUUCUCUCGCCUGCCACCCUGGCAAUUUCGCCCCGUUGUCCUCGAUUUCCCGUCGAUUAGUUUCCAACUCGGUUACUACACCUCCUGUAUCAUGCUCGAAGCGCUUCUCCGGUCGUAUCGCCCAGUCGAUUCCCCGGGCCACUUACGCCACCCGCACGUCUCCGUUGUCUGAAUCGGCGAAUUCGGGACAAAGUGAUGGAAAGCGUUCGGGAUCAGGUCAAUCGCGUAGCAAGACCAUCAAGUAUGCUGUGAUUGGAGGCACCCUCGUGGUAGGAGCAGUGGUGUUUUCGGACCAAGUUCAACACUUCUACCGUGCCGCUGCGAGAACUGGCAGAGUGGUUGGCACAUUGGCGGUUUGCAUUAACGACUACCGGGUAACUCUCAAGCAAGAAACCUCCACGCCGGAGGAGCGAAGCGAAGCCAUUCGGGCCUGUCACAAACGUUGCGCGGAACGGACUCUACGGGUUCUCGAGAAGAAUGGAUCGAUUUUUAUCAAGCUGGGACAGCAUUUGAGUAGCAUGGGCUACCUACUUCCGUCGGAAUGGACUACAACCUUUAUCCCGCUCCAGGACAAGUGCCCCGUGUCAUCGAUUGAAUCGAUCGAGGAAAUGUUCGUGGCCGAUACAGGACGUCGGAUCGACGAGCUGUUCUCGUCCUUCGAUUCCGAGCCUAUUGGUGCCGCUUCUUUGGCGCAGGUGCACAUUGGUACGCUGAAGGAAACAGGUCAGAAGGUUGCGGUCAAGGUGCAGCAUCCCGCUUUGGCGGAGUGGGUGCCCCUGGAUCUGGCCUUGACUCGGUUUACCUUUUCGAUGCUGAAGCGCUUCUUCCCUGAAUACGAUCUGGAAUGGCUCUCUCGUGAAAUGGACCUGUCUCUGCCCCAGGAGCUGGAUUUCCGAAUGGAGGCGGAAAAUGCCACGCGGGCGAGCGAGUACUUCAAGAAGCACUCAGACGCCCCGUUGGUCAUUCCUGAAGUGAUGUGGUCCCAAAAGCGUAUCCUGGUCAUGGAGUUCAUCUCCGGCCGGCGUCCCGACGACCUUGAAUUCCUCGACUCAAACCACAUUGACCGCGACGAAGUCUCCGCUGCUCUGGCACACAUCUUCAACGAGAUGAUCUUCGGUAACAACGCACCCCUGCACUGUGAUCCUCACGGCGGCAACAUCGCCAUCCGUCCGAACCCCAACCGCCGCCGGCACAACUUCGACAUUAUCCUCUACGACCACGGUCUCUACCGCGACAUCGACAAGGACCUGCGCUGCAACUACGCCAAGCUCUGGCUGGCUGUGAUUGAGUCCGACCUGCCGCGCAUGCGCGAGUACGCGCGCAAGGUCGCCGGAAUCACGGACGAGCAGUUCCCGCUCUUCGCCAGUGCCAUCACGGGCCGCGACUACAUGGUGCUCCAGAAGAAGGAUAUCGUGUCUGCUCGUACCUCGGCAGAACGAGAGAGCAUGUCCGGCUCUUUGGCCGACGGUCUGCUGCAACAACUAGUGGAACUCCUAGGUCAAGUACCUCGGAUUAUUCUACUGAUCCUCAAGACCAACGAUCUGACCCGCAGUCUCGACGAGAACCUCCACACCCGCCAAGGACCUAUGCGCACCUUCCUCAUUCUCGCCCGCUACGCCACCCGCACCGUCUUCGAAGAGCAAAUGGACUCUGUCAACGAGACCGGAGGUAUCCUUCGUCCUGGAAACUUCUGGCGCUUCCUCUGCGCUUGGACUGGGUAUCUGCGCGUGGAGUUGAAGUUGUCUGUUUAUGAGACGUUGCUUUCGCUGAAGAAUCGGUUCGGGUUGGUUUGAUCGAUUGUAUUAUUUUUUCAUUCCCUUCUUAAUAUUCUUAUCCUUUCUUUUCUACCUCUACUUUUUACCCUUUUUUCCUUUGGUUUUGAAUCCCUGCUACGCAGUAAUUGAUCGAUAUCGAUAUAUAGAGGGCAUAUGCAUGCGGUGUUGUGCAUUGGCGUUUCUUUUUUCCUUUUCCAGUACCUUUUUCUCUUUCAGUUAAUCCGCCUGAUAUUGUUACUUUAGACUUGCUUUUGUUAUGUUCCCCCAUUGUUUGUCUGUUUCAUUUAUCUGGAUCUUGAAAAGAAAGCAGUGCUCCGUCUGUAUUUUAUACAUAUAUAGAAUAUAUAUAGAAUUUCCAUUUUAUUAUCUUG